CCCUCACAACUCAAUCUCGCCAUUGAGUUGCACACCAAAAUGAAGAAAUCGUCAAGAGUCAUUGUGGCUCUUACAGCCAUCGCAGAGCUCACAUCUGCAGCCUCAACACGGAAAGUACCAGCCUCGCAGCGAAUGUUAGACGGCAUCAUUGCCCGCAAGCAAGGCAUCAUUUCCUCCGGCGCCGCCACAAGCACCCUCGAAAGCGGCAUUCUCGCCAUUGCCAUUGAGGCCACCAUUGCGCAGUAUCCCGAGACCAAGGCGAAGUUGUCUUCAUACUUGGAGCAGAUGCUCAACGCGGCUGCUGCGGAUCUUGGUAACGCGACCCUGGACGCCAAGAAGCCACUUGAUCGGUUCUCCGUCGCCACAGCGAUUGACGAUGCUGCCGAUGCACACUUGUUCCCCAACUCCAACACGACAGAUGAUGCCUACGCUGCCGUUUUAGCUUCUCUGCCCCUGCAGACGCGUAAUCCCGACGGCGGCCUGUGGUACUACGUGUAUCCCGAAUGGAGCUACCUGGAUGGUGUCUUCUCCUUGCUGCCGUUCAUGGCUAGCCUUCCAAACGCUAAUUACACAGAUAUGGCGCUACAGGUGUCACUUUUGGCUGAUCACUGCUACCAUGUAGAAUCCGGGCUAUAUGUACACGGGUACGACUGGUCCAAGACGGCUGUUUGGGCAGACAAGGCUACCGGUGCGAGCCCCUAUGUUUGGGGCCGAUCUUUGGCGUGGUUUUUAUCGGGACUCGUGCAGACAUGGGAUCGUAUGGAUUGCCAUACGAGACAUAACGAUAAAGAAAAGUCGACUUUGUGUGAGAAGAUCCGGUGCAUCACAGAAGAUUCCGCAAAGAACUUGAUUAAGUUUGCGGACGCAAAGACUGGCGCAUGGUGGCAAUUACCGACAUUUCCUGGGCGCGAGGGCAACUUUUUGGAAAGUUCCAGCACGGCGCUUUUCAUCUUUGCGCUGCUCAAGGGCCUUAGGACCGGAAUGUUUCACUCCAAGGAGAUCAAGGACGCGGCGCUGCGAGCUUACGGGUACACAAAAUGCGACUUUGUGACGCGUGAGAGUGACGGAACUCUGGGGUACGACAAGACUGUUAUAGUUUGUAGUUUAAACUCUACGGCUACGUAUGAGUAUUAUACACAGCGGCCGAUUGUCAAAGAUGGGUUGCUUGGAGAGGCUGCGUUUGUGCUGGCUUCGUUGGAGGUGGAGAGGCUCUAAAUGGGCGGAUGGUGUACUAGUACAAAGUCAGAGUGUUGUAUUUAAUUUAUUGUAUUACUCUGAAAUGUAUGCAAACGACUUUGGAACGGAACAUUGUGAGUUUGACAUAAGUCGGCGGUGCUCGGAUCCGAGCCCGGGUCGUCGCUGUAGGUUGGUGAGCUGCACCUCGGAGCCGAGCAACGGCAUCAUGUAGAUGCUUUAAUAUGUUCAUG